AUGCACAACUCCUCCAUGCACAACUCCUCCAUGCACAACUCCCCCAUGCACAACUCCCCCAUGCACAACUCCUCCAUGCACAACUCCUCCAUGCACAACUCCUCCAUGCACAACUCCUCCAUGCACAACUCCUCCAUGCACAACUCCUCCAUGCACAACUCCCCCAUGCACAACUCCUCCAUGGACAACUCCUCCAUGCACAACUCCUCCAUGCACAACUCCACCAUGCACAACUCCUCCAUGCACAACUCCUCCAUGCACAACUCCUCCAUGCACAACUCCUCCAUGCACAACUCCUCCAUGCACAACUCCUCCAUGCACAACUCCUCCAUGCACAACUCCUCCAUGCACAACUCCACCAUGCACAACUCCUCCAUGCACAACUCCACCAUGCACAACUCCUCCAUGCACAACUCCUCCAUGCACAACUCCCCCAUGCACAACUCCACCAUGCACAACUCCUCCAUGCACAACUCCUCCAUGGACAACUCCUCCAUGCACAACUCCUCCAUGCACAACUCCUCCAUGCACAACUCCUCCAUGGACAACUCCUCCAUGCACAACUCCUCCAUGCACAACUCCCCCAUGCACAACUCCACCAUGCACAACUCCUCCAUGCACAACUCCUCCAUGCACAACUCCUCCAUGCACAACUCCUCUAUGCACAACUCCACCAUGCACAACUCCUCCAUGCACAACUCCUCCAUGGACAACUCCUCCAUGCACAACUCCCCCAUAAAACUGCUGUUUAUAGACCACCCAGCACCUCAGCCAACAACCCAGUACCCUAGUCAACCACCCAACACCCCAGCCGACGACCCAGUACCUCAACCAACUACCCAGUACCCCAGCCAAUCACCCAGUACCCCAGCCAACCUCCCAACACCCCAGCCAAUCACCCAGUACCCCAGCCAAUCACCCAGUACCCCCAUUCAACCAAUGAGAACACAAGACUAUAUCUGUCCCCUGGACGGGACAAAAUCGAGAAUAAGUCCUCUAAAACUAGAGAACCGUGAGUUUAAGUCCUCUAGAACAGAGAACCACGAGUAUAAGUCCUCUAUAACAGAGAACCACGAGUAUAAGUCCUCUAUAACAGAGAACCACGAGAAUAAGUCCUCUAUAACAGAGAACAACGAGAAUAAGUCCUCUAUAACAGUGAACAACGAGUAUAAGUCCUCUAUAACAGAGGACCACGAGUAUAAGUACUCUAUAACAGAGAACCACGAGUAUAAGUCCUCUAUAACAGUGAACCACGAGUAUAAGUCCUCUAUAACAGAGAACCACAAGAAUAAGUCCUCUAUAACAGAAUAA